GGUUGCCAUGGAGAGGCCCGCUAGCUGGGGACCGCGAGCUGGCGCUAGGGUUGGCGGGGUCAGAGCGUGGCUUUGAAGCCGCUUCCGCUACCACCAUGAGCGGCCGAAGUAGGGGUAGAAAGUCCUCCCGCGCCAAAAGCCGGGGCAAAGGCCGCGGCAAAGCCCGAGUCCGCGCUGCUCCUGACGACGCCCCCCACGACCCGGACCCGCCACAGUGCCAGAGGCUCGGGGAGGAAACCCAGGCGGCACAGGUGCAGGCUGGCGCGGGUUGGGGUGGCCUGGAAACCGCUGCGCCCGCGCCGUCCCGUCGGCCCGGGGAGGACGCUGCCUGCCGGCUCCCCCUGGACUGUGGCCUCGCGCUCCGGGCCCGAGCUGUGGGGGAUCGCGGGCAGGCCGCGACCAGGCCCAGCCCGGGGAAGGCCACAUCCCUCUCGGAGCGUCUAGCAACAGACACUGUCUUCGUGGGGACUGUGGGAACCGUGGGAAGGCCGAAAAAUGGCCCCCGCGUUGGAAAUCGGCGUGGCCCCGCCGGGAAGAAGGCCCCAGAGAUCUGUAGCACAGCGGGGAGGGGGCCUCAGGCCAUAGCUGGCGGGAAGCCGAAGAAAGGGGCCACAGGGGAGAGUGUCUCCGUCCCUGUGGUAGAGGAAAAGGUGGAGAAGGAUGCAGGGUCAGGGCCCCUGGCGACAGAUGGCAGCAUGGAUACGCUGGAGACGGUCCAGCUGAAGCUGGAGACCAUGAACGCCCAGGCAGACAGGGCCUACCUUCGGCUCUCGCGGAAGUUUGGGCAGUUGCGACUGCAUCACUUAGAGCGCAGGAACCUCCUCAUCCAGAAUAUCCCGGGUUUCUGGGGGCAAGCUUUUCAGAACCACCCCCAGCUAUCAUCCUUUCUGAACAACCAAGAUAAAGAGGUUCUCAGCUACUUGAACAGCUUGGAGGUGGAAGAGCUUGGCCUCGCCAGAUUGGGCUACAAAAUCAAGUUCUACUUUGGGCGCAACCCCUAUUUCCAAAAUAAGGUGCUCAUCAAGGAAUAUGGGUGUGGUCCUUCGGGUCAGGUGGUGUCUCGUUCUACUCCAAUCCAGUGGCUCCCAGGGCAUGAUCUUCAGUCGUUAAGCCAGGGGAACCCCGACAACAGCCGUAGCUUCUUUGGGUGGUUUUCAAACCACAGCUCCAUUGAGUCUGACAAGAUUGUGGAGAUAAUCAACGAAGAACUGUGGCCCAAUCCCCUGCAGUACUACCUUAUGAGUGAAGGGGCCCGUGCAGAGAAAGGAAAGGAGGGCAGGCAAGGUCCAGCAAGGCAGCCAGUGGAGACCCCUGAGCCUGGGGCAAACAAGUCCAACUGAUCCUGCACUAGUCUCCCUACUACCUCCUGUUGGACCUGUGCCCAGCUAACCACACGUGUUUGGUUAUCUGCCUUCUCUUCAUGUUGGCCUCUGUGCACUGUAUUCCCUUUGGACUUCAGUUACAAGAAUAUGGUAUUUAUGAUCAUGUUCUUUUGCCUCCUCGUGGCCUUCUUGCUUUUUCACAUUAGUGUUACAUGUUAAAUGAUCUCACCCCUACUGUUUAUGUUAAGCACACAUGCUUCAAGUGUGUGCUGCCUUUGUCUACAUUGCCUGGACCGUGUUUUUGGCUCUGGCCUUUCCCAGCUGUCUUUAACAUGGACACUCAUGAGUCAUCCUCCAAGAGGACCAGUGCAUCCUCAAGCUCUGCUACUUCAGGGCCAGUGACUUGCUGAGCUUUGUGUUCAUGCUGGCCAUGCAUGCCAUCUAUGGCCAGUUUUUCUGUUGCCACUGCAGAAUGGAGCUAGCGCACAUGGUAUUGGCCAUCAGCCAAAACUAAUUGUUCCAAAGCCCUGGGGUCACCGGCCUAGUUGCCACCACCUACUGGAUCUCUGACUUUGGCUAGGGGCCUCAGCUGCCCUGCUGGAUGUGCAGAAUAGCACUUGACUGCUGGGCAUGGAUGAGGUUGAGAGUGAGAAGCAGUAUGCCAUGUGUUCUGUACCAUCCUGUGUCUCUUCCUGCCUCUGGGCCCUUCUACUAUUGAACAUUCGUCAAGGUCUAUACCAUGCUCCGUCACUAUCAGGCCACUGAGACUUGUCUAGGUUGCUAUUGGCCCUAGUUGGCUUCCUGGUCAACGAGGACCUCAAGAACUGCCUGUGGACCCAGGCCCCCUGCCAGUGCAUGAGACACACACCUACCCUCCCCAGCCUUCCAGGAACCCUGCCACCUGCCAGACUGAUGGGCGGGUGUGUGAACGUGUGCUCACUGUCAUCGUGCUGUGGCUGCAGGUGAGGGUGGGGACUGGACCCACAUACAACCUAGGUGUGGCCUUGCGUAUGUGGAAGAUUGAUGCUGUAUGCUGCUUAUUUUGCCAUAAGUAAAAUCUUACCACUUCCCCCAUUUUUGCCUAAUGGGAAAAUGUAGCUGCACAGGUCUGCUUUUUUCUUUUCUUUCUUUCUUUCUUUCUUCUUUUUUUUUUUUUUUAACUUUUUGCUCUUUAUUAUGGACAUUUUCAGACAAGCACAGAAAUGGAGAGGAUGGUACCUGGCCCCUGUGUACCCGUCACCUAGCUACAUCAAUUAUGAUCAACCUGGUAUCUUCCUGUCCCCACCUGUAUUUGAUGGAAAAUCCGACACUGUGCCAAUUCAACUUUGACUACUUUGGGAGAUCAGGACUCUCUUUUGGUGGUGAUAGUGGUGGGGGGCACUAUCAUGAUCCCAUCAGGUCUGCUUUUUGCUUUGAAUGUUAACAAAUCAAGUUCCAGAAAUGGGCCUUAGAAGUGAAAGUCUUCAGGAUAAACAGGGAGUCUCAAAAAGAGAUGAAAAGAUGCUCCCUUUCCCCUGUAUCCACAAAAGGAGAGAGAGAGAGAGACUGUUCUGUUGUAAAUCUUACAGACUGAUACAAUAAGGUGCUUACUUGGGACCCUUCACCAGAAUAUCAGUUUUUUUUGCUUGUGAAAGAUGGAGCCUUGUGUGACUGUUAGAAAUAUCAGCUUGUCCUGGUCUCAUAAUAUAACUGGUCUUGGAAGUAUAAUUUGGAAAUUGUUUCUGUGUUCUGUGAAAAUUGCUCCCCAAAGCAAAGUUGGUUGUCUUACUUGGUAAUUUGACACCCUGGUAAUAAUGCAAUUAUUCCUUUGUUCCUAAACAGUAUAAAUAGUUGUAAGCUCACAUGCAUGAUGGAAAAAUAAAAGCCUGUAUCUCUGUUA